AUGCAGCCGCCUUCGCCGCCAUACCACGCGCCGUUCAAUGACCUUGCUGGAAGUGACGUCCACGAGGGUCAAGUUGACUUUGUCCUCAAAGUCGAGCAAGUUCGAGGUCUCCUUGUGAAGUUGAAUGCCGACGCUGGUGUGUUGUCGUUGGCGCACAACUUUGCAUGGAUCACAGGAGGAGGUCGCAACCACAUUUUCCAAGCCACCGAAGGUGGAGUGGGCAGCAUUUACAUCGAUGCGACUCGCGUGGUGUUGAUCACCAACAACAUCGAAGGCCAUCGCUUGAAGCUUGAAGAACUCAGUGGUCUUGACUUGGAGGUGUUUGAAGAGCCAUGGCACAUGUGUCAGAGUGUCCAAGCCGUCGCGACUUCCAUUGCCAACGGUAGCUCCGUCCAAUUCGACACCGACGGUAGUUUCGACAACGCUCUCGCUCCCCUACGUCAAGCGCUCACUCCGCUGGACAUCCGACGAUUUCGGCAACUCGGCCACGAUUGCACCGUACACACACACGUUCGACCUGGCCUGACCGAAUGGGCCAUUGGCGCCGCGAUUUCUCAAGCUUGUGUCGCCCGCGGCAUCGACAUGGUGUUUCUGCUAAAGGCAGCGGACGACCGAGUCGACGCUAUUCGACAUCCGCUGCCAACGACCAACGUCCUCCACCACAAAGCCAUGCUCGUGCUCUGCGACACACGCAUCCCCGACGACCUCCGCAAGCGCCACGAUGCAGUCACGUUUGUCGAUGCGGCGGCCCUGGCGGCAACUGCCGCUCCCCUGGCAAUCUCCGGCUACGUAUUUCGAGCCAUCCAAGCUGCGUACACUUCCACCGGGUUUGCCAACGAGUAUACGCUGCAUCACCAAGGAGGCGGCACAGGCUACAAAAGCCGCGAAUGGAAAGCGACCCCCACGUCGGAGGUAGGGGCCGCCCGAGUAUUCCCCGUCGAAAUUGGACAAGUUUGCACUGGCUUGGUAUGUGUAAGUAGGAUGGCAUCACUCCAAACCAAGCGUUUUUAUUGGAAUCCGUCGAUCGCGGGCACCAAGUCCGAAGACACGGUGUUGCUGGUCGAGGGUGGUGGCCGCAUUGAAGUGUUGACGGCUGACGGGGACUGGCCACAGGUCCGCCACACGAUGGGCGAAAUCACGUACAGUCGCCCGGAUAUUCUCCAUAUUCAAGUGGACGCAGCCGGCAAUCCAUUGCCAAAGUAG